GAAUCUGUGACGUAUGUUGCUGUUGGGCAGAGGGAAGUGUUACAGCAUGACUAGAAGAUGGUUUUAACCUCCUCUGUUAGAAACAGGUUGUGUGCACUCAAUGGCGGCUCCUACGCACGUCUCCAGAGUCCGCUCACUCUAUAAGAGGAUUCUGGUCCUGCACCGCUUCCUGCCCGUGGACCUCCGAGCCCUCGGUGACCAGUACGUGAAGGACGAGUUCAGAAGACACAAGGGCGCAGAACCCGCAGAGGUCACAAGCUUCGUGGCAGAGUGGGAGAACUACAAGAACGUCCUGCAGACUCAGGUUUUGGAGUCAGUGGGGGGUGGACUCAGCUCGGUGAAGUUUGGGGCCGAUCUGUCAGAGAGGAACCUCGGUGAAUUCCAGGAUGAACAGAUUGGCCAGCUGUAUGAACUCAUGCUAGAAGCCACCAAACCCAACAGACAGUUUGACAUCCAAGAGGACAGCAAGUAAAACAGCAGACCAGAACAAACAAAACAAAAACACAGGGCUGUGAUGAAUUCAGACCUUUGUGUGCUUCAGGUAAAGGGUGGUUCUCAAAGUACAGGCUUUUAAGAAUAUUUGAAUACAUUAAGGUGUUGUGUAAUAAUUCUGCAUUCCUGUGUUUGCCUCUUUUACUGUGAAAAUAGGAACAGUGACUUCAAAAUAAAUCACAGUACAGAUGUACCAAAGGCUGCCAUUUGCAUUUUUUCCUGCCUUUGUUCACAGUGUUGCUGCUUUAAUUCCUUUUCCUGGAUUCACAUGGCAGACACUUAAUGUCUUAAUGUUUAGAGAUCUUGCGCAAAUGAAAAAAAGCACUCCUAUGUGCACUGAAGGACAUAUCCUGGUCAAAAAUGACUCCAGGAUUUCUCACAGUGUUACUGCAGCCCAGAGUAAUGCCAUCCAGAGUACGUCUCUGGUUAGACAUCAUGUUUGUAAGGUUUGUAGGGCGAGUAAAAUGACUUCAGUUUUAUAUGAAUUUAGAAGCGGGAGACUAGAGGUCAUCCAGGCCGUUACGUCUUUAAGACAUUCCUGCAAUUGAUUUC